AAGCUUACACUAUCGACCGCUAAGUUGCAAUCGUACAUUGCUGUUAUGGAAGACCUUUCAUUCAUCAACGAUUUGCCCCCAGCUGAGAGACAAUCAUGGCUGGACGGUCCAGCAUUGAAUCCGCCCAAAAACGCUGUGUCGAAUUUCGCAAAUCCUCCUAAUAAGAAUGAUCUAGCUUACGUGUUUGCCAUUUUCACGGGGGUCUUCUGCACACUUUUGAUUGCUUUAAAAGUGUUUUCUCGUUUCCACUACUUUAGAAAAAUUCUUGUUGAAGACGCGAUUGCUGUCGCUGCUUUGGGUGUUCUGGGGGCUUACCUCUGGUGUAUGUGGACUUUGGCGCUCAACACAGGAGCUUUUGUUCAUCAAUGGGACGUCAGACUGAAGAAUCUGCCCCAUUUUCUCUACUACAUGAAUAUUGGCUCCGUCACUCAUGGUAUAGUCAUGAUGCUUGUCAAAACAAGCAUACUGAUUGAGUGGUCACGUAUAUUCGUUCCCGGAGGCAUCAGGAAUAGGUUCUGGUGGACCUGUUAUAUCACCGCAGCAAUUACGGUUGUAUUCUACAUCACCAGCACAUUCCUCAACAUCUUCAUGUGUAAUCCACGACAGAAAUCUUGGGAUCGGACAGUACCUGGGAUGUGUCUUAGGAUCGGCACAGUCUAUUUAGUCACCUCCAGCAUGAGUUUGGUAUCCAGUGUGAUGAUAUUCAUACUUCCGCAGCCAGUAAUAUGGAGCUUGCAAAUGAGUACCGGCAAGAAGCUUGCGAUCGCCGCGUUAUUCUCUCUUGGAAUUUCCGCUUGCAUCGCGGCAGCUUGGAACGUUUAUAACUGUUCGAGAUUUAGCACUAGCGAAGACGUAACGUACACUGUUUCCCACAUAGGGAUCUGGUGUACUGUGGAGCAGCUCUGCGGCUUCUUAAUCUUAUGUCUCACAACUGCGUCCAAGUUUCUCCGGGAAUCAUCUUGGAUCAGAUUCCUCGUGUCCAAGUGCAGAAACGAUUCGAAGUCUGGACCCAUGUACCCGCAAGAGCGUUCCGUUAGUCAUCGUUUGUCCGCGCCAAAUCGCCGGCGGAAGCAGCGCACGGAUGCGAGCCUCUUUACCGACACCGAUAGAGCGGAUUUACUUCCUCUCUCCACAAUUAACGUGCAGACUGACAUCUCCAUUCGGGCGAAUUCUAUCAAUGCGCACCAAAUGGAUAAGACUUUUGCGAAAACCGAAUUUCCUUGA